GGGUUUUGAGCAGGUAUGUGCAAUUUUUUCCGUGAGGUGGAUUGCGCUACUAAAAAAGCUCGAGGUGGAUUUUCGUUAGGCGUACCAUUCAGAAAGUCCCAUGACUUCUUUAGAGGGUGCAACCCAUGGGUCUCCGCUAGCUGGAGGAGCUCGUGAGAAAAAUUGUUGAAAAUAUAAAAUAUCAUUGAGUCCCUCGUAGGAUUAUAGCUCAGGACGGGGUGGAAGGACUUACAAAAUUUUAAUCCGGUUCUGGUCCAGUACUUUCCACGUGAAAUACGAACCAACGUUGGAGUUGGGAGUAGAGGUUCAAACGCUGCCGCUCUACUUGCGAGAGACAACAGCCAAAUCUCCCUCAAAAUCAUUCGCUGUCCCCAUAAAAGAGCACAUUAUCUUAUUUUUUAAAAAAAGGGAUUUUGUCCGGGAAAGGGAGCUGUCGUAGGUUUUUUUUUUUUGUUUGUUUGUCAGGAUCCCCUAUAUUAAUUGUGACUUUAUUACCGGCCACCGUUUCUUUAACCAUCUCGUGACCUACUAGAAAUAGCAGCUUCAAAUCCCCGUCUUUGAUAAAAAGAAAUACAUUUAAAGGACACUUUUAUAACGUGUGUGUGUAUGUAAGAGUCGAAUAACAAGAACCCAAUUUGGGGUGAAAGUGAAUUCUAAGGUGGCAUUAGGAAAGACCGAUUUUCGAAUGUGUAUUAAACAACCUGAUAAUGCUUUUUAGUUUGUUGGACAAAUUAUUUCAAAAGGAGAAACUAUAAAUUCUUAGUAGCUGGAAACUAGAUGGGAUAGUCGUGUUUGGAACGGGAAUGUUUUCGGCUGGAGUUAUUUCACCUCGCUACUCGGAAUUUAUUUCGUGAGGGAUUCUUUUCACAAGACACCGUCGGUAAUACUGAACCUGAUGAUGUGAUCAUGCUGUGGUCAUCCUCCGUUUCGUUUCUGUCUUACUCGAGCAAAUCUUUACCACAAGUGCUUACAACUAUUCCUAGAGACGAACCUGCCUCUCCAUAGCUGACCCUCUGCCUGAAUUGUUUUAAAUAUAACUUCAUCUUAUCAAUUAUGGCGACCGGGGCCCCGGCUACUGAACCAACAAUGUGCGAAAACGAACCAGACAAAUCUUCUGAAAAGCCUAAAGGCUUUGAAUUUUGGCAGACAAAGCUGAACAGCGCCAAAUAUGUUGUGGCGCCGAUGGUGGACCAGAGCGAGUUGGCCUGGCGGAUGUUGAGCCGGAAGUAUGGAGCUCAGCUGUGCUAUACACCGAUGCUACACGCUUCCGUCUUCACACGGAACCAGACGUACCGGGAAGAAUCUUUGACCACAUGCGAAGAAGACCGACCACUGAUUGUUCAAUUUUGUGCCAACGACCCACAGACUUUGCUCCAAGCAGCCAAAUUAGCAGAGAAGUAUUGUGAUGCUAUUGAUAUCAAUCUUGGAUGUCCUCAGAAAAUUGCUAAAAAGGGACACUAUGGUGCCUUUCUUCAAGACGAAUGGGAUCUUCUCUACAAAAUGGUGGAUCUCUGCAACCGUCAGCUCAGUGUCCCUGUUACCUGCAAGAUACGUGUAUUCGAGAGCGUUGAGAGAACAGUGAAAUAUGCUCAGAUGCUGGAAGAGGCUGGUUGUCAGUUGCUGACUGUGCAUGGCAGAACUCGCGAACAGAAAGGACCAAUCACUGGUCUGGCCAGUUGGAAACAUAUCAAAGCAGUGAAGGAGAAUGUCAAUAUUCCUGUGUUUGCAAAUGGCAACAUUCAGUACCUUGAAGAUGUCGACAGGUGUGUGAAAGAGACUGGGGUAAAUGGAGUCAUGUCUGCAGAGGGUAAUUUGCAUAAUCCAGCAUUGUUUAAUGGCAUCAAUCCACCGAUUUGGGAAGUUGCAGAGGAAUACAUGAAGAUGGUUGAUGCGUAUCCAUGUCCAAUGUCAUACAUUCGAGGACAUAUGUUUAAAAUGUUCCAUCAUGCUAUCCAAAUUCAUCCAGACAUUCGCGAGGAAGUUGCUAAAGGAAAAACUGUGGAGUGCUUUAAGAUGGCAACCCAACUGAUGAGAGAGAGAUGCCUGAGAGACAUUGAGAGAAUUAAAGAAGACCCAAGCAUUGCCUAUAAAACAUCCCUGCCGCAUCCCUACUGGAUCUGUCAGCCUUAUGUUAGACCAGAUCCUUCGGAAUUGAACACACAAUCAAAGAAACAAAAAGGUGAAAAUAACUCAGAUUCAGGUUCUGAUAAGAGCAAACUGAAGAGGCCCCUUGGCGAACUGAGCAUUGAGGACAGCAACCUAUCGAAGAAGAAGCUGAAAAAGAAGAUGCGUUACCCUAAGAAGUGUUUCGAUGUCACCUGGAAGACGAAGUACGAGAGGUGUGGCCUGUGUGCAAACCCAAAGGGUCAGAAAUGCUGCUUUGGCCUUUGUCGAAGCUGUUGCCGAAAUAAAGCCUUUGUAGAACGAUUGGAUUGCAUAGGUCAUCGGUUCACAUUUAAAUCCCGUCCAAAGCCUUACAAAACUGAAGAAGGACCAGAAGUCACUGCUGUCGACAAUUAAUUUUAUUCUGCAAGAAGACACAUUUCACCCAACCAAAUUUAUUUUCUUUUUUUAAAUUGGGACAUUCAAUGGUUUUCUUUCUUAUUCCUUUUCACACCCACAUGCAGCAGUAUAUCAUUUGUGUGUGUGUGUGUGAGGUUUGGAUAUAAAUAUGCGUGUGAGAGUAUGUAUGUUUGUGUACAUACAUAUA